AUGCUGACGCUGGGUGGCUCCAGCCGCACCCGCCACUGGAGACCAAAAGCCAGCCUGGGGCCGGCGCCACACUCUGGGGGUAAUGGGGCAGCUUCCCUGGUGAGUGGAGGCGCGCCCUGGGGUAAGGGCUGGGGUCCCGGAGCCCCGGACGGGGCUGCUCUCGGGGAACAGACCCUGGCGUCAGCUCCCCCGAGCCCCUGUCACCCCACCAAGCAGAGGAAUCCCACCGAGGGAGCCAGGCAGGACGCCCCCGAGGAGGGGGAGCGGGGCGCCACACCCCCCCACACAGAGGGCCCCCGGCAGGGUACCCAGCGUGGGAGCCCCCUUGCAGACGUGGCUGCGGAACGCGAGGGCCCGGAGUCCCCCGGGCAGAGUCUGGGCCUUCGGCCCCACGAGGAGAGACCUCGGGGACCCGCUUCCCCAAAGGCGGGCGCUGGGGAAAGUCUCUGGAGUAACUUUGCCUGUGAUGGCAACACAAGCAGCAGCAGCCCCAGCAAAGCAUUUUACUACAGCGAGUCCUGGGUGGACACGUCGGUCACACACACCCCACCCGCGGCCCCCCCACCUGCCAAAGACAGGGUGAGGCCCAUGCAGCCUGCGGCAGCUAAAGCCCACGGCGAGAACCCCACACUCGCUGUUCCUACGGGAGACCAGCGAGGGUCGAGCCAGCGGGGACCAGAGCCCCCCGUGGGCGCGGUACUGCCCAGUCCGAGGGGCCGAGAGCGAGAGCGCCCGUCCGGGCGGACUCCACCCCGAGGCGGCCGGGCUGGAGCCCGGGACAUGCUGACGCUGGGUGGCUCCAGCCGCACCCGCCACUGGAGACCAAAAGCCAGCCUGGGGCCGGCGCCACACUCUGGGGGUAAUGGGGCAGCUUCCCUGAGGAAUCCCACCGAGGGAGCCAGGCAGGACGCCCCCGAGGAGGGGGAGCGGGGCGCCACACCCCCCCACACAGAGGGCCCCCGGCAGGGUACCCAGCGUGGGAGCCCCCUUGCAGACGUGGCUGCGGAACGCGAGGGCCCGGAGUCCCCCGGGCAGAGUCUGGGCCUUCGGCCCCACGAGGAGAGACCUCGGGGACCCGCUUCCCCAAAGGCGGGCGCUGGGGAAAGUCUCUGGGCAUCCCUGAGUCUGGAAGACAAGAGGCACGGGCCGGCCGACAUGGCCACCCCAGCCCCAGGAGCACAGGCCGGGAUACGAGGCGCAGGAGAGGCUGCUGGGAAAGGGCCCAGAACUGGCCGGGAGCGGGGCGUGAGCCCGGAACACGCCCUCCCGCUCUUCAGCACGGUGGUGAGCAGGCAGCGGGACAGCUCUGACGCAGGGGGCCUCCAGGCUGUUAGGAGCCGUGUGACGGAACUUGGGGUGCGCGCCCAGCGUCCGCCUUCGCAGUUCAUCCCGCUUCACGGGCAGCUUCCUCACAAGGCGGGCUCGGACAGUGGCCAGCACAAGGCUCCAGAGGGACCUGACGGCGCUACAGGGGCCCCCGGAGGCCCCGAACACCAGAGCCCACCUGCCCCCACAGCACGGGAGCCCGGCUGCAGCUCUGAGGAGGUGCCACACCGGGCUGUUCCUGGGCUCCCAGCAGGGCCGCUGCUCAGCAGCCCGAGCGCCUUGGACGCCCUGGCCGUGCCACGCUUCCCACCCUCGAACCUCCACUGUCCUGGGGCAAGAACCCAGGGCCGGGAGAAGCGACAGCGGCGGCAGAAGCGGGGCUGCACAGAGGGGACGUUUGUUCCCAAGGUGUCCUUCCAACCGAUGCGACCCGCUGAGCAACAGUCCACCCGGCCCUCGAGACCUUCCCCAGAUGCCUUCGCCUCCACAAGUGGCUAUACCGGCCCUCAGGUGCACCCGCCUUCCCCCCUGCGCGGAGGGUCUGAGGAGGGCCCCCAGCACCCGGUCAGAGGGCCGCCCAGCGCAGCACUCAUCAGGCCUGAGAAGGACGGCAAGAAGCCGCCCCAGGGAACCUUCUCCUUUAACCUGGCCAGGAACCGUGGGGCACCCCUCUGCACACCACCUCCCACACUGCCCCCACUCUGCUCCGUGCCACCCUCAGUGGCCCUGGGUCCCCUGCUCCCCGCACACCAGGGCGCAGUCACCAGCAGCUCCUGCAGGACAACGAGGGGCCCCAAGAACGCUGGCAGCUGUCUUGAGGGCAAACACGGCGUGACGCUGCCCACCUCUGGAGGCCGCAAGAUCAUCUCGACGCAAAUCCCAUACACGAUCACGUCACUUCAUUCCGUUUUUAAUGACCCUGUCUCCUUGCUGCUGGGUGCAGCCGAUGACCCUGGGUGCCUCGGGGAGCCCUGGUCCACAAGUGGCUAUACCGGCCCUCAGGUGCACCCGCCUUCCCCCCUGCGCGGAGGGUCUGAGGAGGGCCCCCAGCAGCCGGUCAGAGGGCCGCCCAGCGCAGCACUCAUCAGGCCUGAGAAGGACGGCAAGAAGCCGCCCCAGGGAACCUUCUCCUUUAACCUGGCCAGGAACCGUGGGGCACCCCUCUGCACACCACCUCCCACACUGCCCCCACUCUGCUCCGUGCCACCCUCAGUGGCCCUGGGUCCCCUGCUCCCCGCACACCAGGGCGCAGUCACCAGCAGCUCCUGCAGGACAACGGUCAGGCCCCUGUCUCUGGGUCUGCAGCAGACGCAGGCUCCUCCUCCCAUCCCCGCAUCUGCAUGUCAGGGCCCCGCCCACGAGGGCCCCGCCCACGAGGACCUCGCCCACCUGGACCCUGUGUUUCUAACAGAAUUUCUUUCUGCCUGCGGGUCUCGACCUCUCAGCAGCCUCCCGUCCCACUCACAGCUGACGGAAUUUCUUUCUGCCUGCGGGUCUCGACCUCUCAGCAGCCUCCCGUCCCACUCACAGCUGACGUCCAGCAAGGACAUAGAGAAGAAGCCCAUGAAGUACCUGCAGGGCCUCUGGGCACAAGAAGGUGGCCCUGCCCCGGGCAAGAGGCCCCCAGGCAGCCGGGUCCUGGCUGACACCGCCACACGGGCCCUCCCAGACCACGUUGGCCCCCCCAAGACGCCCUCGCCCAGCCCAGCCUCCGACCGCCUCUCUACCACUGCCAAGUCCACCACCACGGCACGAAGGAGCUCCAACGCCCAGCCCUGCUCAGAGCCCAGGAUGCCGCCUCCCCGGGCCCCCUCCCCGGCCGAGCCCUGGCCCCUCCCCGGCACCGCCCCCCGUACCGUCUCCCCAGGCCUAGGCAUGGCCCCUCGCAGACCCCCACACGCUGAUCGGCACUCCUGCCACAGAAGACCUCCCAGCAUCGGGUCCUGCAGGGCCCUCAGAGCCCCGCAGACGCCAGGCCUCCCCAGGGGUCACCCGCAGCAGGACCCCAGAGGCCACGGAGAAGGCCUGGCGGCGGACAGUGCCCUGGUGAAGGCCCCUCCCGGGGUUCUGGGCCCUGUGGGAGAGCCUUGGGCGCGCGGACAAGACACAGCAGGGCGGCGGGGUGCCGCCCCGUGCGGACUCGAGGGGACCCAGAUGUGCGUCAACAAGCCACGUGUGCGCGUGUCGGCCUGA